ACGAUGCUGGCGACCCAAACACGGCUUGCCAAGUUGAGCCGCGCAUCUACGUCGAGCGAAAAAGUACACAGUGGCGCUGAGAAACACGAGAAAACCCGCACUUUUUUGGCGUGGCCGGCAAAGUUUUGGGGGGCCGUAAAACUCCGGGAUUCACCGUUUUUUUCUGGUGAAAGUUGCAGCGGACGGACGACCUCGGCUCCGCCAGCGGGGAUUCCUGCACAGGGACGCGGCUAGCUGCAGCUAGCUGCCCGGGCUGCAGAAGGAUGAAGCGACCGUCCGCAGUUUCGGACAUUGCAUGGCUCUUUUUUGGGAUUUGCUGAUGCAUAUGGGGAAUAUAUUGUUUAUGUGAGAUCUCUGUCAAGGAGGUCAAAAUCAGUACAGGGAAUGGACGAGCAGAAAUCAAACUGCGAAGAAAAUGAGUCUGAACCAACAGCUGAUGACAGUGCUGCCACUCCAAAGAAGUCCGUCUCAUCUGAGGAGUCAUCCAAGGAGUCAUCCAAGGCCUCUUUUGCAGCUCAGAAUGAGUCGGAUGUUAAUGCAACCUCUUCCAGCACACCUGUGGAGAGAAUGCAUGCUUGUGCGCUUUGUAACUGCGUGGAGCGGAGCUUGCAUGGACAGCGAGAACUGAGACACUUCAGAUUGUCAUCUGAGUGUUCGGACCUCAAACCAUCAGAUCCUUUACUGCCAGCGCCUGGAAAUGAUGACCUGUCUUCCAUUGGAUUUUCUGACUCCUCUUGUCUGACAGCACUCCUUGAUGACUCAGGAGGGUGUUGGGUUCACCACUGGUGUGCAAUGUGGUCUGAGGGAGUAAAGCAGACACAGGCUGAGGAGCUGGAGAAUGUUGAAAAGGCUGUUAUCUCAGGGACACAGCAAGUUUGCGAAUAUUGCAAAAGGCUGGGUGCAACCAUACGAUGCCACGUAGAUGGCUGCUCGCGAUUUUACCACUUCCCGUGCUCGGCAGCAAGUGGAUCCUUCCAGUCCAUGAAGCAGUUGAUCCUCCUCUGUCCAGAGCACAUACAGAAAGCAGAGGAGUUGGCUGGUGAGGAGUCUUGGUGUCCAGUAUGUGACUCAGUGGGGGAACUCACAGAUUUGCUUUUCUGCACUGGCUGUGGCCUACAUUAUCAUGCAACCUGUCUGGAUAUUGGUGCCACACCCUUCCAUCGGGCAGGAUGGCAGUGCCCAGAGUGUAAAGUGUGCCAGACAUGCAGACAACCAGGGGAAGAUUUUAAAAUGUUGGUAUGCGAUGCUUGUGAUAAGGGAUACCACACCUUCUGUCUCCAGCCAGCCAUGGAUUCUCUUCCCUCUGACGGUUGGAAAUGCAGGAGGUGUCGUGUAUGUUUGGAGUGUGGUGUCCGUGGAUUGGUGCUACCAGGGACGACCCAGUGGUUUGAUAAUUAUACUGUUUGCGAAGGAUGCCAGCAGAACCGCAGCUCAGUGUGUUGCGUGUGCAGCAAAAUUGCCAGUCCAUCAGUUGGUCUCCAAUGUUGCACCAUGUGCCAUAGAUGGAUGCACAGUGAGUGUGGUUCAUCGAAGGAGCUUCCAGAAACCAAGGUCAUUUGCCUACUUUGCAAGGAGGAUCAGCAGCAGUCUGUGUUUAAAACACAAGUGGAAACACAGACCAGGGAGGAGAUGACAAUCCAAAUGGAUGUUGACAUCGUCACAGAAAAGCAGGCAGAGUUAGUAGAGGUGACACCAGCAGAGAAAGGUACUUCGGUGAGAAAUCAGUCUGCUGAGGUACCUGAAGAGGAAACGCGUAUGGACACCGGGCUCGAGUCUGGAUUUGAUCAGACAGCAGGCACGGAGGAGAAAACCAUGAAGGGAGAGCUGCAGGUUGCAACAGAAGGAUCCACUUGUAAGGCGCCAACCCCUCCAAUUAUAUCUCCAGUAGAGUGUACAACAACAGAAGAGGAGAGCCUUUGUCUUCCUGCUGAUGUAGAGAUACCAAAGCAGGCACUCGGCCAGAUGACUCAAGCGGCCCCUUCCAAGGAUCUCACCACAGAGACACCAUCUAACAACAAAUCUACAUUAGAACAUACACAAGUGUCUCAUCAAAGCCCUGAAAGCAUGGAGAUGGAGAAAGAGGAGGAAAAGGAAGAUGCUGUUCCCUCAGCUGAACAAGAAACCUCAGAAAAGUUGUUAAAGACUAGAUCUAGUGACAUGGCUGUUGUGGAACCAUUAAGGAAAGGUCCGCUCAGGUCACCAGCUUCACCUCUCUGUGUGGUCAAAACAGAACCUUUGUUCAUUGAUGAUAAGAUGGAAAGAAGUCCAUGCCAGGACCCCCAUUCUCCUACACUUUCUCCGUCAGCAGACACACAAGACACCCUUUCUGCUGUGGACAUGGAGAAUAGGUUGAUUCCUCCCUCUGAGGAAGAGGAUGAAGAGGAGGAUGACGAGUCAGUGAAGGGACACCAUGUGGACAUAAAGCAGGAGAUGCAAGAGGUCAAGCCAGAAUAUCUGCUUGAUGAAAUGUCCAAUAUGAGCCACGGGGAUGAGAGCAGCAGUGGCUUCCUGGGCUCUCCAGGAGAAACAGAUCCUCAGCUCUCAAUGGAGUUCGGCCUCGUACCUGCUGGUCGCUCUCACACUGACAGCUUGCUCACUGAGACUGACGACUCACUUCCCUUCGAACCCCUCAGAAGUGACGGAGAGAAGAAACGUAGAGGAUCUCCAGGCCGCUCAAGGGUCAAACAGGGGCGAAACAGUGGUUUUCCUGGGAAGCGUAGACCUCGAGGGGGUGGCGGAGGGAGAGGCCGCGGUGGAAGGUCACGCCUCAAAGCUAUGGCUUCCUGCAUCGAUGCCUUCUUGCUAAGCAUGACCACAGACACUGGAGUAAAUAAAGAGGAAGAGGAGGAGGAAGAUGACACCAUGCAGAACACAGUGGUUCUUUUCUCAAACACUGAUAAAUUUGUUCUACUCCAGGAUAUGUGUGUUGUGUGUGGCAGCUUUGGAAAGGGUGUGGAGGGGCAGUUGCUGGCUUGUGCUCAGUGUGCCCAGUGUUACCAUCCCUACUGUGUGAACAGUAAAAUCACCAAGACGAUGCUGCGUAAGGGCUGGCGAUGUUUGGAAUGUAUUGUUUGCGAGGUGUGUGGAAAGGCCUCAGACCCCUCUCGUUUGCUGCUGUGUGACGACUGCGACGUCAGUUACCAUACCUACUGCUUGGACCCACCCCUGCACACUGUACCAAAGGGUGGUUGGAAGUGCAAAUGGUGUGUGUACUGCGUCCAGUGUGGUUCAAACUCGCCGGGUUUCCACUGUGAGUGGCAAAACAACUACACACACUGUGGCCCUUGUGCCAGCCUCAUCAUCUGUCCAGUUUGCAGAGAAAACUUCAUGGAAGAAGAGCUGCUACUGCAGUGUCAGUACUGCGAUCGAUGGGUCCAUGCUGUUUGUGAGAGUCUGUACACAGAGGAUGAAGUAGAACAAGCCUCUGAUGAGGGCUUUGCAUGCACAUCGUGCACUCCGUAUGUUCCAAAACCUGCAGUGGAGUCAGCCAUUAUGGCUUCAAUAAAGAUCAAAGAGCCAGAACCCCAGUUCUACCGGUUGGAGGGUGUGUGGCUGACAGAGUCAGGCAUGUCCCUGCUUCGUAGCAUCUCGAUGUCUCCUCUGCACAAGAGGCGGCAGCGUCGCUCUCGUCUCGGCACACUCUGUUGUGAAGGAGGUCCUGAUGGAAUGGAUCUGAGGGAGGUCGAAGGAGAUGGAGAUGACGGAAAAGGCUGUGGGGAGCCCAUGGACUGUGACUCCAAAAUGGAGCACCCGGGGAGCCCUGACAGAGACGGUGGUGAGAGGGAUGGAGGGGCAGAACUAGGCCCUGAAGGAAUUGCUGACUGUGACGGUCUCAAAGGGGGAUUAGAAGAAACUGAUGAUGGCAAAAAGAGGAAGCGGAAGCCUUACAGGCCUGGGAUUGGAGGCUUCAUGGUGCGACAGAGGAAGUGUCACACACGGUUGAAAAAGGAGUUCUUUGCCCAGCUGGCUGGAGAGACCACAUUAGAUGGCCAACCCAUAGAGCGAACCAUCGAAGAAGGGCCCCACCCUGACACGGAUAAUAUAAUGGAUCCUAAACCAGCAGAAGGUGAGGAGCAGGCCAAGAAACGGCGGGGCCGAAAGAAGAGCAGACUCGAGGACAUGUUUCCAGCCUAUCUCCAGGAGGCAUUCUUUGGGAAGACACUAAUAGACUUGAGUAAGAAGGCUGUAACGAUAGCCCCAGGGCAGAGGCCAGGUGCCUGCCAUGUCAGACCUUCAUUACCAGCACCAGCUGGGGUCAAGACUACAACCCCAGAGACUGAAGUCAAGGAUUGGAUUGGAGGAGGAAAUAUUUCUCUUAAGCAAGAGGCGGGUGAAACCCCCCAUGCUCAGGGAGAUUGUGCAGGAAUUUCUACACCAUCCUCAUCAGCAAAGGAACAGGUGUCAGCUGAUCCCCAUGACUCUGAUCCAGAAAAAAGUGAAGGUCUUCCGCAGGCUGUGGAUAGCCAGGACUCCGAGCAGUUCUUCAGGAAGGUUCUUGGCGUACCAGAUGGCUCUUCCUUGGGGAGCAUGAAGCCCAUCUUGGAUGGAAGUAAAGGAGAACCAAAUUGCAGCUCUCUGCCACAGAGAGCUCUCCUCUCAGGAUCCCUGCCCUCAGCUGGAAUGAUGGAUGCAUUUCCUGGCCUCUCUCAGUCAGCAUUCUUUGAGAUGCGGGACAGAGGGGGACUGUUCAGUCCAGAUGGGGGCGAGGAGAGCCCUUGGGCCACUCCUUCUACCCCUGCAACUCCUUCCUCCCCACCAACCCCCACAGAAGUAGAAGGUGAUGGGCUGUCGUACAACCAGCGCAGUCUCCAGCGCUGGGAAAAAGAUGAAGAGCUUGGAGAGCUUUCAACCAUUUCCCCAGUUCUUUAUGCCAAUACCAACUUCCCUACUCUUAAACAGGACUAUCCAGAUUGGUCAAGUCGCUGUAAGCAAAUCAUGAAGAUCUGGAGGAAGGUGUCGGCGGCGGACAAGGUUCCCUAUCUGCAAAAGGCCAAAGAUAACCGGGCAGCUCAGAGAAUCAACAAGGCACAGAAGCAAGCAGAGAGUCAGGUGUGCAGGCCAGUCAAGACAGAACCAGGUCGUACGAAGGGAGAGCGGCCAAACUUGCAUCUCCAGAUUCCCCCACCUUCGGGCUCUACAUCAAUUUCUUCCCAACCGAGCUCUGCGGAAAGCCCGUUUCCCUUUCCUCCAGAUUCAGGAUCAUCUUCUGUCUUUUUCUCAGAUGGACCUAUUAAGACCCCAUUGUCAGCUGAAAUCCGGACAGAUCCCUUGGCUAAACUUCCUCCUCAGUCACCCCAUUCUCACUCACAUCCAACCACACCUUUUUCUCACGCAGGGGCCAGCCCUUUACAGGCCUCUUCCUCAGGUUAUUCCACUUCCGGCCCACAGGGUCCUCCUCAGGGACGGCCAGCCAGUUUUGGCCCUUAUGACAUGCAACCAGGAACUCCUGGAACUCCCAGACGGGCUCAGCAGGUUGACCCCUACUUCAGAUCACAACUGCAGCAACAACAGGGUCAUUUACCACAAUCACAGCAAGGCUCUCAGGAGUCCUUAGGACCUCCUGAAAGUCCCCAUUCAAGAGGUCCUGGGCUUGGGGACUCACCCAUCUUCUCACCACCCCACAAUACCCACUAUGGGGACUCUUUUAGAAACAAGCAGGGAAUGGGACGUCCUGAAUAUGGUUCAUCCCCAUCACCCUCUGGAGUACCUUCCUCGCCUGCAAAUACAGGACAAUACAGGGCUGAUAUGGGUGCACCUUCUCCAUGUUCCUCUGCUGUUGGAAGACCUGAGCUUUCCACUGGCUCCCCUGCUGGGAUGCUGGAGUCUGGAGAUGGUUUAUUCAAGGCACCUAUGACGCCACGAAUGCACCAAGGAGAGAGUGGGACACUUCAUCCUGGAGCCUCUCCUAGUCAUCCUUCUGAGAGCUACAGACAGUCUCCCUCUCAUUCAUUAUCUGACCCACAUGCUCAUCCAUCACUAACUCCCAGACCACAGCCUGAUAAUUGUUCUCUUGGGCCCCAGAGACACCAAGUAGCUCAACAAGAUCAAGGAUGUCCUAGAGUAUCCCUAAGUCCACAGUCAGGUAAUUCUCAGUCUCCCCACACUCCCGGUGGCCUGUCCAACGAUGCUUACUCUGUCAAGUCCCCUGCAACCCCUCGUUUCCAAUCUCCAGACACUUGUUCUCAGCCACCGUCAAGACCGCAAUCCAGAGACCCUUUUGCUACUUACCACAAACCCCCUUGCACUCCAUCUCUUACUCCAGAGGGAACUGGAAGUUACAAAACCUCACCUCAUCCUAACCAGCCACCUCCUGCACACCCACCCAACAUGUCUACGGGGGAUCCUCUCUCUGUCAACCCGUCAGCUCCCUCCACAUUCAGCCGCAGCCCCAGCACAGGAAACUUUCAAAUGACGCAACAGCAGACUCAGAUGGUUCAGGGUCAGCCUCAGCAACAACAGCCACAAGUUCAGCUGACGUUGGGAGGAGGCAACCUCGGCUCCAAGGGGCCACCCCUUUCUGGAUCUCAAGAACUACCUGCUGUUAACUCUCCAGACUUGGCUCAUCAACCAUCUUUGCCAGUCACUCAAGAAAUGCCCGACAUCUCAGCAGUACAGGACCCUUCCUUAGUUGGACUUAGCCCAUCUGAGCUGGAGAAACACAGACAGCGCCAAAAACUGAGGGAAUUUUUAAUCAGACAACAGAUGCAGAGAAAUUCAAUCAGGCAAGAGAAGGAGGCGGCUGCUGCUGCUGCCGCUGCCGCCGCCGCUGCUGCUGCUGCUGGAGGUGCAUCCCCUGGCUGGUCUGGAGGAGAGAUGGGACCCUUUCAACAGGAUAAAGCCCACAGAGCGCCGCCACCUUAUCCACAGGAUCGUGUUGCUGCUGCUACUUCGGGAGCUCAGGUUUCUGUUGCGGGGAAGAUGCCUGGAGAUUUAGGGGUCAUCGAUGACAAGCUCAUUCGACCACCAGGGCCAUCGACAGGACCAGCUGCUAUUGUGGAUCCUGGUGCACUAAGGCUACCCGGGCACACUAGACCUCAGGGCAUGUUUCCGCGUCCACCAUUCCCUCCUCAGUGGCAGGGCCAGGCUCCAGGUCAAAGGAGGUUCCCUCAACCUGGCAUGGAGGCCAUGGGCAUGAGGCACAAUCUUAACCCUGCUCUCAACAUCCAGGGUAUGGAUGGCAUGGGGAACCCUCACACCAUUUUGCCAGGACAUGGAGGAGAGACUAUGCAGCCACUUGGUCAAGGGCCCCCUCCACAGUUCAUUGAGUUACGACACAACUCACAAAGGUUACCGCUACGGCCGCAGUUCAUGCCUCGUGGACCCCAGCUAAGACCUCGUCUCUUUGUCCCACAACAAGACAUGGCUGCACCUUACGUUCAGCAGCACUCUAUAGCACAAGCUGGUGGCAGCCAGACAGAGGGAGGUGGUGAAUCCCAACUGGGGUUAGGGCGAGAAGGGCUGUCAGUUUUAUUGCCUCAGCCGUCUACAGGCUCCGUGUCACAACAACCUCAGUUGCAGCCUCAAACAGCUAUUUCCCACUCAAGCACUCCGAGUACGGAGCAGCAUCGACAUGCACAGCCAGGCUUGGUGACAGAACCUCAGUCCGCAGCUAUGGUGAGUACUGAGGAACUGCCAGAGCCUGAUCUCGAGGGACUUGGCGAUGCCCCAGGGGAUGGAGGUGUGGAGGAUGAAGAUGAUUUGGCUCUUGACUUAGAUCCUGACAAAGGAGAUGACGACUUGGGGAACCUGGACAACCUUGAAACCAACGAUCCACAUCUCGAUGACUUGCUUAACAGUGAUGAGUUCGACCUGUUGGCUUACACCGACCCUGAACUGGACCAAGGUGACCCUAAAGAUGUCUUCUCAGAUCAGCUGCGGCUAGUGGAAGCAGAAAGUGAAGCACCUUCAUCUUUAUCAGGAUCUGCUCACAUUAAACUGGAAGAAAAGGGCAAAGUUGAGUCAGGGCAGAGGUGUUUAAGAAAAGUCAAUGAUGCUGUACAUCAAUCCCCCGCCAGGUUGCUGCCCUCUGAAGAAAUUGCUGACAUUUCCAAAGUCAAAGUCGAGGACAAUGGUCUGGGCCCUCAGCUUCAGUCAGGGCAGACUGUGGAGAAAGAUGAGAUGGGGGAGGCUGUUACAAUGAUUCUUGGUGGGACUGCACCAUCAGCCAAAUCAGCACAAACAGAAAAACAGUCAGCCUCACUCAGCUCUGUUCGAUUAGGUGGACUUUCAUACCCCUUGCCAGGCCAAGCUGACCCUUUUCCUCCAGCUGCCCCACAUGGCGAUAUUGGUGACGAUCCACUGGGGCUACCUGAUGUAGGAGGCCAGGACUCUCCGGCAGUAGACUUGGCAAAGGUCGAGAGCUCUUUAGAUGGUGAAUUGCCACUGCUAAUACAGGAUCUUCUGGAACAUGAGAAGAAAGAACAGCAGAAACAGCAGCAGCUGAGUUCCCUCCAUCAGGGAGGCAUGGCUCCUCACUUCCCUGGUCUUCCAAAUCAACAUCCAAACUCACAGGCACCUGGUCAACUAAUGAUGCAACACCAGCAUCGUCCGCCACACCAAGGAAUGAUGCCACAAUCAGGACUAGUACCUCGUGCUCCGCACAUGUUGCAGCAACAGCAAAGGCUCAUGGGAGCUGGGAUGGUACCGCAGCCUCACAUGGCCAUGGCUCAGCAGCAAGCCUUGAUGAGGGCAGGGCAGCCCGGUCUCCACACAGGCCUCGCUCACCAACCACAGCCAGUGAUUAAACAGUCACCUCUUGCUAACAGUUUCUUCCCAGAUAAAGAUUUGGACAAAUUUGCUGCUGAUGACAUUAUGGAUCCCAUUGCCAAGGCAAAGAUGGUCGCACUCAAGGGUAUUAAGAGAGUGCUGACACAGGAUCCAAUGGUUGUUGCCCCCGGCAUAAACAGGCAACAAGUUUCUCUGCUCGCUCAGCGGCUGGCCUCUGCCCCAGGCACAGAUCAGGUGCAAGUUCCACCUGGACCAGCAAAGGAGGGAGAAACAAGUGAUCAUUCCCAGUCAAGACCUAACCCUCCUCAGUUCGUGCAAGGAAUCAUCAAUGACGCAGAACAACACCAAUAUGAAGAAUGGCUUCUUCAUACCCAGCAAUUACUACAAAUGCAGUUGAAAUUUUUGGAGGAACAGAUAGGAGUUCACCGAAAAUCACGCAAGGCACUGUGUGCAAAGCAACGCACUGCAAAGAAAGCUGGAAGGGAGUUUGCGGAGGCGGAUGCAGAAAAACUAAAGCACGUUACCGAGGAGCAAAGCAAAAUUCAGAAACAGCUUGACCAGGUACGCAAGCAGCAGAAGGAACACACCAAUCUUAUCGCUGAGUACAGAAGCAAGCAGCAGCAGCAUCAGCAAGGCUCAGGUCUUCUUGCUCCUGGUCAUUCUGCUCAAGGAGGAUCUUCUCACAUGUUUCCAAAGAUGCCUGCUCAGAUGAUGAUGGGCCAGCAGGCAGCUCCUGUAAUGGGCCAGCACCCUAACAUGAUGCCCCAUGGUGGAAUGACUAUAAGAAUGCCCCAAGGGCAGCCUUUUGUUGGAGGAGCACAACCUCAACUUCCUGCUACUCUUGGAGCCAAUGUUCCCAGGGUCCCGGGUCCUCCUGGGGCCCCGGCAGGAUUCUUCCCACAGGGACCUGGAAUGCAAGGUGCAGACCCCAGGCUUCUUCAGGAAAGGCAGUUUCAGCAUAGGAUGCAGAUGGCAAAGCUCCAGCAGCAGCAGCAGCAGCAGCAGCAACAACAGGUGAUGAUGGGUCAGCAACCAAUGCCACACCCGAAUCAACAGCCUGGUUUAAUCACGCAGCCACAGCCUGGCUUGAUGGGGAACCAACUUAUAGCCCAACAGCAAGCAAACACUCAACAGGCAAUGCUAGCCAAUCAGACUAAUCAGCAGGGCAUGGUGCAGAUCCCACAGGGAAUGGUUGGGGGUCAAACUGGGGCUCCGCCACAGCAAAACCUUGUUGUGGGUCAGCCGGUCAACCAUCCUCAAGCCAUGAUGGCUGCUCAACCAGGUAUGAUGGGGAACCAGUCAGCACAGCAACAGAGGCCUCAGCUGAUAAUGGCUCAGCAGGGAGUGGUUGGAUCUCCAGGUCACCCAGGACUCAGGGGACCCCACGCUCAGCUGACUCCACAACAACAGAGCAUCCUAGCCCAACGCAUGCUUGCAUCUCAGCAGCAGCAGAAUGCUGCAAAGAAUUUAAGCCACCUUCAGCAGCAGCAGAUGGCACAGCAAAGACACCCAACACAGAUGAUCACUCAGUCUAGCCAAGAGCAACUUUCCCAACCCUCCACCCCACAGAUGAGUUCCCCACCCUCAGCAGGAAGUAAUACACCUCAACCACAGGGAUCUACAGACAGUCAAAACUCAGGACCCAAAGAGGGUGGAAUCCUAAGCCCCGAUUCAAGAACUCCUCCACAGCAAAGUGGACCCCCUACCCCCAAUCAGGUUCCCCAACAAGGCUCAGUAAAUGAUCAUCAGGCUGAGCUUGCAAAACAACAACAGCUACAACAGCAGCAGCAUAAAAGCCAGCUGUAUUUAACACAGCAUCACUUGUCAAAUCCUCAUUCUCAUGAGCAACAAACAGGCUUGACUGUAAACCAGCAAACUGCUGUGGCCCAGGAGCAACAGCAUCAACUUGCUCUCCAGAGGAAGGGUUCUCUCCCUGCUGACAAACCCAUCUUGAUGUCUAUUAAAGAGGAGGGGAAAUCCGCUGAUUAUGUUGCUCAACAGCAAACGGCUCAAGAUGCCACACAGCAGUCUCAAGAUCCCACCAUGCAGCAGCAAAUUAUAAUCCAGAACCAUCCCGGCCAGCCACAACCUGCUGCGAUGGGGCUUAAUCCCCAGCAGCAAGCCCACAUGGCCCAGCAGCAGAAACAACAGGCAAUGAUGGGCAUGAUGAGAGCUCAGCAGCAAGGGAUGAUGCAACAGAGACCUGGGGUUCCACUCGGACAGAUCCGUACCCCCAUCAACAUCCAGGCUAUUAUUGCUCAGAAUCCUCAGCUUCGUAAUCUCCCUCCAAACCAGCAGAUACAGCACAUUCAAGCGAUGAUUGCACAGAGGCAUCUGCACCAGGGACAGAUGUUGCGGAUGCCGGUCGGCCAAGGCCAGCCCAAUCAGCUGAGACCACAAGCACCACAGGUUGUGCAGCAGAUGAUGGCUAUGGACGGCCGUCACAUAACGUAUGGAGGCAUGGGGAAACCAGGAGCCGUGGCCAGUCAGCAACAGUCAGCCAUGUUUACCCAGCAAUCUGGUAUUGCUCCUCAUGCACAGCAGGAGAUGAUAACCCCCGGCCGGCAACCGUCACAAGCGGGGGAGAUGAUGCAGCAGCAUAUAAUGAGAGAUCAAGCCCCAAUGCCACGUUCCCCUAUGGACCAGGGCCGCAUGGUGAGGUCGGUAUCUCCACGUCAACCAUUACCCAAUUCUCCUGGGGAUCCACGGCACACAGUGAACCAAGUCAUGCGUCCACCCACCCCUAAUCACAACCAACAAGCACUAAUGGCAGCUGCAGCGGGCCGUGUGCAGGGCUCUCCCUCCCACGCAUAUUCCCCCAGAGUUCCUUUCGGCAUGAGCCCAGCCCACCCAGCCUCACCCCACUCAUCCCACGUGUCUUCCCCUUCCAUGGCCGACAGUAGAGCGGGAAGGGGGAGUCCGUACAGCCAAGCCAAGGCAUCCCCACUCAGGUCACCUCGAGCCAAGACUCCACUUGAAUGUCCAGGUCUGAAAAUAGAAACUCAGACACCAGGAAGUGAAACGUCCGAGUCUACUUCAGUUAUCCCCAAUGGGCCGGAGAAAGGUGUGAAUGUUCAGCAGCAGUUGCAGCAGGUUACAGAAAGCCAGUUUCCUCAUACACAACAAGGGGAGUUUUGCAAGCUGACGAUACAGAACAUAAAACAGGAGCCAAGGGAAGUUCAGUGUGAUGGUGCGGCAGAGGCCCAUCCUGAAGCUGUAAAACGAGAAGCGACGGGCGAAACGGUUGGUACUGGGAACAACACUAGCUUUAUCAAUACUGGAAACGAGACCCAAGGUCCUAGAUCUGAGACUGGACAGCAACUGCUACAAAAACUUCUGAAAACCAAGAAUCUUCAACUUGGUGCACAAAGACCCACUGAAGGCAUCCACAAUGAGAUCAAUGGACACAUCAACAGCAAACUGGCAAUGCUUGAACAGAAACUUCAAGGGACUCCACGAAAUAUGGAGGAUUUACAGUCCAUAACAAAAAGGCCUCCUGUACAAAAGCCAAAGCGUACAAAUAAGGCAAAUGGAGACAGAGGGACUAACUCAAGGAAGAAAAAUAAGAAGGAGGAGGUUGGAAAGAGUGCUGAAGCCCUAAUAAAGCAACUCAAACAGGGCCUCUCUUUGCUCCCCUUGAUGGAGCCUUCAAUCACUGCCAGUCUGGAUCUGUUUGCUCCUUUCGGAAGCAGCCCCGCUAACGGCAAAGCUCAGCUCAAAGGAUCGUUUGGAAAUGCAGUGCUGGACAAUAUCCCAGACUACUACUCUCAGCUACUCACAAAGAGCAACCUUAGCAACCCCCCAACACCCCCGUCUUCCCUGCCACCGACUCCACCACCGUCUGUACAGCACAAGCUGCUGAAUGGAGUGACUCCUGGGGAGGAUCUUUCUGAGGGUCAGAAAGACGCAGAGACAGCAGAGGAGCCAAUGGAUUCUGUUACAGAGGAGGUCAAGAGUGUAGACAUUCUAGCAGCGCUCCCCACCCCACCACAUAACCAGAACGAGGACAUCAGGAUGGAAAGUGAUGACGAGGAUGCUUCAGAAAGCAUCAUUCCAGCAUCAUCACCUGAAAGUAAUGUAGGAGAAGUGCCACGUUUCCCUCACCUGCGGGAGCCUAAGGAGGAGGAGACAGACAGAGCGAUAUCUCCCAUCAUACCCCUUAUUCCUCGCACUGCCAUACCAGCAUUCCCGGAAAAUAAACCAUUUGAAGCACUCGACGGCAAGGCGGUUUCCACAGCCAACCACUGGGACAAAACUAAAAGCAAUGAGGUGUCUGUUACCUUCACAAUGUCUUCUGCUGCAGCCAAGAAACUUAACCACGUAAUGAUGGCAAUGGCCCAGCUGCUGAACAUUCGGAUGCCAGGUUCCUACGAGGUCACAUUUCCUCCCCAAAACCCUGACAUGCCUGGAGUGGAUGGGCCGGAAAAAGGACCUGGUCAAUCAGGAACACUUUGCGCUAAAGAUGGUGCUUCACCCAGUCAGGACGAGUGGCUCAGGCAGUUUGAUGUCUCUCUACCAGGCUGUACACUCAAGAAACAAGUGGACAUUUUGUCACUUGUCAAACAGGAAUUCCCAGAGAACGAGGAAAAGCCAGUGCAGCACUGUUACACAACCAAUGUAAGCGAUUUGGAUGUACGCCACCUUCCUAUCAUACCAGUAGAAGAGUCUCCACCCCCAUCCCCGUUGCCUCCUCAGCCUCCCCCGUCUUUACCUGCAACAGCGAGCGGGUCUGAGUCUUCCAAAAAGCCAGCAUCUCCGACGCCCCCUCCCUCCAGUCCCAUUGAGGCCAAGAUGAAGAUCAAGCGUGAACAGGAAGCUGAUACUCCCAUUGAAGUCCCUCAACCAGCAAAUGUCCCAGAGCCUGAAGUUCCUGCUGAGGAGUUAGCUGCUGAUCCAGGAUCAGAAUGUACAGAGGCCGUCACUGCUGCACAUCCUGACUCUUCUGCAUCUGCUGAGGAUCUUCCAACUCUUACUAUUAAGGAGGAGGAAACUAUCAUUGUGCUAACCCCAUCUCCUAAAGACAGUCUCAGCACCAUUGAGUCUUCCCUUAAGGCUAUCAAGCAGCGCAGGCCUCUCUCACCUGACGAAGAGAUUGUUCAACCCAAGGUGAAAAAAUGGAAAGGGAUUCGCUGGAAGCGUCUUCAGAUUGUCCUGACGAUACGCAAGGGCGGGUCAAAGAAAGAGAACAGCCGAGAGGUGUCUGAGUUGAUGGAACGCCUGCGGAUUACUCUUCGGCCUGAAAAGCUGCCUCGGGACAAACGCAAGUGCUGCUUCUGCCACGACGAAGGGGACGGAGCCACAGACGGGCCCGCACGUCUGCUCAACAUCGACGUGGAUCUCUGGGUGCACCUUAACUGUGCUCUGUGGUCCACAGAGGUGUACGAGACACAGGGGGGCGCCCUCAUCAACGUGGAGGUCGCCCUGCGUCGUGGACUUCGGACUCUUUGUGCAUAUUGCCAGAAGACUGGCGCCACCAACAGCUGCAAUAGAUUACGCUGCCCAAACGUGUACCACUUCGCCUGUGCCAUCCGGGCACGGUGCAUGUUCUUCAAGGAUAAGACCAUGUUGUGCACGCAGCAUAAGCUGAAGGGCCCCAGUGACGACGAACUCAGCACAUUUGCGGUUUUGCGCCGUGUUUACAUCGAACGUGACGAGGUGAAGCAGAUCGCCAGCAUCUUACAGCGAGGUGACCGUAUCCACCUGUUCCGCGUCGGGGGUCUCAUCUUUCACGCCAUCGGCCAGUUACUCCCCUCUCAAAUGGCCAACUUCCACUCGCCCACCGCCAUCUUUCCCGUCGGCUACGAAGCCACACGCAUCUACUGGAGCACCCGGGUGCCGAACAAGCGAUGCCGCUACCGCUGCCGCAUCAGCGAGGACGAGAGCCGCCCGCUGUUUGAAGUGCGCGUGCUGGAGCACGGCAUGGAGGAUCUGCAGUACCGCGACCCGACUCCAGACGGGAUCUGGACCAGGAUUGUUCAGCAGGUGGCGAUGCUCCGGGAUGAAUCAUCCAUGUUGAAGCUGUUCACUGAAAAUGUGAAGGGGGAGGAGAUGUACGGACUCACAGUUCAUGCCGUCAUGCGAAUCACUGAGUCUCUGCCUGGAGUGGAGAACUGCCAGAACUACCAGUUCCGAUAUGGCCGACAUCCUCUGAUGGAGCUCCCUCUCAUGAUUAAUCCCACCGGCUGUGCUCGAUCUGAGCCCAAGGUCCCCACACAGUGCAAGAGCUGGAGUGUUUCUUUCUCCGUCUCAAGGCCUCACACGCUAAACAGCACCAGUGUGUCAAAGGCCUACCAGAGCACCUUCACCGGAGAGCUCAACACGCCCUACAGCAAGCAGUUUGUCCACUCCAAGUCCUCCCAGUAUCGCCGUCUGAAGACCGAGUGGAAGAACAACGUGUAUCUGGCACGCUCUCGCAUCCAGGGCCUGGGGCUGUACGCCGCCAAGGACCUGGAGAAGCACACCAUGGUCAUCGAGUACAUCGGUACGGUCAUACGCAACGAGGUGGCCAACCGCCGCGAGAAGAUCUACGAGUCCCAGAACCGUGGGAUCUAUAUGUUCCGCAUCAACAACGAGCAAGUGAUUGAUGCCACUCUAACAGGUGGCCCGGCUCGCUAUGUCAACCAUUCCUGUGCCCCUAACUGUGUUGCUGAGGUUGUAACAUUUGACAAAGAAGACAAGAUCAUCAUCAUUUCCAGCCGCCGAAUCCCCAAGGGAGAAGAGCUGACUUAUGACUACCAGUUCGAUUUUGAGGAUGAUCAGCACAAGAUCCCUUGCCAUUGUGGAGCCUGGAAUUGCCGGAAGUGGAUGAAUUAACCAGGAGAAAGGAAAACUGGAGAACUGCCCUCACUGGUACCAGAACACUCCUGCGCCAAAGCCUUUGAAUCCUACAAUAGCCAGUGCAUAAGCUGUUUUGAAAGACAUGGAGGAAGGCUGUCCUCCGCUAUUGGAAGACUAAAGUGUUGACACCUGUAGCCAAAGGUCUGAAGAGCAUUAAUCAAUACAAAAAAAGAAGAGACCACCUCACAUCAACAGCAGAUUGAUGGUGGGAUUAACUUUCAUGCUUGGACUAGUGAAUCACCUUUUCCUCAGCCAAAACCCUUUUCCCCUUCUGACUGUUUUACUGUCAAUAAGCUUGCAGUGGCUGGAAAACAAUUCUGAACAUCAACCAAAUGAUUCUGACCCUCUAAUAUCAGUACUUGUUAGUACAGAGCUCACCCGGAGCUUCAACAGAAAAGCCAUGUUAAAAUACUAAGAAUGAUCUAAGGAUGCAUAUUUAUGUUUUGACUUGGACCUAUUUCCCGUCCCACCCAACCACACCCUCCCCCCUCCCUCCCACCUCCCAGAAACGGCACUUUUCCCCAUCGAGUCAUUGAUAAAUCAUGACGACAACAUGGAUAUUGGGUAGCUAGACAAUCUCGGUGUGGUUCGGCGUUAAGAACCACACAUGAUCAAUGGAGGAAAAAGAAAAAGAUUCAAAGUGAUCUAAAAUCUGAGAUGCUAUACGUCUGUGGCUCCAAUGGCACCAGAUGUUCUGACUGUUCAGAGUCCCAAGGUGGGUUAUGUUGACCCAGUCUACCUCACUGAUUUAGCGGGAAGUGACUGCUUUGUAUUAAAACAAAAACAUACACCAAAAAAAAAAAAAAAAAUAGGAAAAAAAAAAAAUACAAAAAGAGAAACGAGAGGAAAAAAAACUGUUAACUGCUACUGUGGAUUUACUCUGUGGGGGGGCAGGGGGGGUUUCUGGGCUUAGCCCUCUCGGACGAGCAGGGAAUCUAAAGCAGCAGGUUUGCUCUAUCUACUCUAUGCUGGUGAUGAUUUACAAUAAUGAGCCAACCUAAUUAUUACACAUGAAUUAUUUAUACAGAGGAAAUGUAGAAACAGUUUUGAUAAGAUAUUGCAUUAAAAUCACAAUCAGAAGCUUACUGGGCAUCAUGUCACCGAGUCAUCCUGGAUGUUGAUGUAACAUUUUUUUUUUGUUUUUUUUGUUUCUUCUCUCUUUUUCUUCUUAUACAUCUCAGAAUCAUGCUGUUUAGCUGUGUGGAAGCACAACACCAUCCGACAUUUUGGGUUUUUUUGUGAGACAGUAACAGUCUUAAACGACUGGCUCAAGGAUUGUUUAAUAUUUGAAGAAAAUUAUGAAGAACAAAAUGAACCCAAGUAUCUGUCAGAUGGUGGUUUUGUUGAAAAGGAGCUAGUGGAUGCACGACUACUAUCCCACGUAAUGCUUUUUAUCCCCCCCCCGACUCAACCUAAAACUUUUCAUCAUGCCUCUUCCUCUCAUAUUUAAUGGACUGUUGUUUAUCUUUACUGUAGUAAAGCCUUCUUUCUGCCAGAGCACAGGCUACAGUGUUUCUACUUCCUCAGUAGUGUGCUUUUUCUAGUGCUGGUACUGUCUAUAAGUGGCUGAACUGGUGGCAGGGAAAGACUCAUUGGAAAAAAAGGGCAUUUGUUUUCAUUUCUGUAUAAGAUGAUUGAAAAAUAAAAAAAGAAAACAGAAGUCUUUAAAGGGAGCUUUACUAAAACUCCAACUUCCCAUACUACUAUGUUUCCCCUCCCCCCUAACCUAAGACCUCAUAUGAUUUUUAAAAAUGCAAAGUUGUAUAAACUGUAAAUAUAGCAUAUGCAUUAGGGGACAGCAACUCUUUAUCCAGCCCCUUUGUAAUCAAAAGUGCAGAUAAAAAAGUAGGCAGAGGAAAAAAAAAUCAACCACUGGAUAUCAUUUUAACACAAAUAAAAAGCUGUACAUAAAUAUAAAUAUAUGUAAAAUGGUAAACUAAUAUCUUUAUGUAUAAGAACCAGAGUGUUUUGCAUUUACCUGUUUUUCUAUUAGUGUUUUUUGCUAUAAGCUCUCAGAGACAAGUAUGUUGAAAUAGGCAAGAGGACAACGUCUGGGGUUCUCCAAUCAAUCACGACGAGGAGCUGAAGUGAUUACUGGACUGUUUUGGAUUUAUGUGGAGAGUCAUUAAUUAGACUUAAAAAACAAAAAAUAAAAAAAAUCACUUCUUGCAUAAAGCAGUACAAUGGUGCAUAGCAUUUGUAUUUAUGUAAUAUUGUUUGUGUUUAUUUUUUGUUUUAUUUAUGCUACUGCUUGUUGAUUACCAAAACCUGUCCCUUAAUCGGUCACAAUUGGAUAAAUAUAGUCUUGAAUGGAAAAUCUUGAAUUCCCUACGAUAUUGUUAGUGGUUUGCUUUUUGAAUAUCUUCCCUAUAGAAGUGAAUGUGUUGGUAAACCUUGUGAAAUGGUUACUUGGCCUAAUAUAUGUUAUGAUGUAAUACUUAAAGUUAAUCCCAUACUUAACCUGGUAAUGAAUUGCACUCUCAUAGUAUAACAGAGAACUUCUCUAAAGUGGUAGAUAUUGAUCAAGUAUCCGAAACAGUGAUAUAUAAAUAUAUAUAUAUAUAUAAAUAUAUAUAUUUUUUGAUAUGUUUCUAUUUCAAGGGAAGACCAUGACGAGACAUUAUGACGCUCACUGGAUUUUAAUCUAAAUGAUUUUUAACUUCGCUAAAUCUUAAUUUAAGUUCUCUGCAUAUCUUAUAAUUUAAUAAAGUUUGCUCAAAUUGAAGGUUUUUUUUAACCUCACCUUUUUAAAGAAAAAGAAAAAAAAGAUGUUGCAUCUGUACAGCAGAGAUACUUUUAGGGAAUAUGAAUAAAUAUGAUCCUUUUUAUUGUAUGUGGCAUGUUUUGUAUGGAUAUUCUUUUGAAUUGUACAUAUUUUUUUUCAGGAUGCCAGAGGUAGCAUCUCUUUAUAUACUGGUUUCCCAAUCCCUUUGCCCUUCAUCUUAUUUCUUUGUCUGCUUUUUGUUUCUUGGAAAGGAAAAUAAAAUGCAUUUUAAAUA